AUGGUAAGCAGUGAGCUCGCAAGGGUGAAACCUUCCCAUGUUAUCAAUACCGCUGGGAAACGUGGUGAUCCCAACGUGGAUUGGUGCGAAUCACACAGGGAGGAAACUAUCCGCUCAAACAUACUUGGCUCGGUAAAUCUGGCUGACUGCUGCUUCAUUAAUGGCGUGCAUCUCACCCAUUUGGGGUCUGGAUGCAUCUACGACUACAAUGAGGAUCAUCCCUGGGAUGGUACGGGAUAUACUGAGGAGGAUGAGCCAAAUUUCACCAAAACCUUCUAUUCUUCCACAAAGGUCUUAUCAGAAAAGAUUUUGAAGCACUAUUCCAACGUGUUGAUUCUCCGUAUUCGCAACCCUAUUGGCGCAGACUUGCACCCCAAAAACAUGAUCACCAAACUUGCUUCGUACAAGAAGUUGAUCAACGUCCCGAAUUCCGGGAGCAUUAUACCCAGCCUUAUUCCUACCAUGAUCUUGCUUGCAAAGCAUAACGAAACUGGAAUAUACAACUUUACCAAUCCUGAGCCAUUCACCCACAAUGAGGUCAUGAAUUUGCUUAAGAAGCACAUAUGGCCAGGGCUACAGUGGGAGAACUUCACCGAAGACGAGCAAAGAAAUGUUCUGAUGGCUCCGCGGUGCAACACGACCCUUGAUACCAGCAAGCUUCAAGGGAAGCUGGCUGAAUAUGGAUAUAGGCUUCCCGUUUCACAUGAAGCAAUGGAAGAGGCCUUCAUCAGGAUCAAGCGCAGUGACAACUGGAUACAUUGA